GCGCCGCCGCCGCCACCGCCGCCACCGUCGCCGCUGCCGCCUCGGCGGCUGCCUCAGCCGCCCCCGGCCCGCCGCCGCUCGCCAAGGAGGAGACCGCCAAGCGCUGGAACCUCGAGGCCUUCUUGCCGAAGCCGGAUUGCAACGAGGACGCGUCGCAGGGCCUCCGCGCAUCGCCAGCAACGUCAACGCCAUCGGGUCGUGCUACGAGCGGACGCCGGGGCACCGCCGCCGCCGCCGCCGCCGCUGCCGCUCCUGCAGCAGGUUCCCGCAGCGACGAUGACGCCCGGGCCAGCGACGCGUUGCCCGCCGACCUCACGCAGAAGCUGGCGCUGCUCUCCGACCUGGGGUCUGACCCGGAGCCCGAGGCGUCGGCCCCGGCGCCCUCGCCGCCUCAGCCCCCGCAGCGUCGCAUUAAGCGCCGUCAGCGGCCCGUGGCGCGGCCCGCCCCCGUCUCCGACUCCGAGGACGACGACGACGCGGACUACAGCCCCGCGGCAGCGCGGCGCGCGCGUCUGUUCGGACGCGCCACCGCAGCCGCCCCGCGCCACGCCGCCGCGCGCUCAU